AUGACGGAGCAACUUGCAUCGAUGCUAGCUGACAGCGACUCGGACGAUGGCUUCCAGGACCUCUUGAGCGACGAUGAAGAGCACGAAACACUACUAAACCAGGAGAGCGUGGCGCUGGAACGCCGCAUGAAGACUAUGGGCAUUCGCGAUGGCCUGGAGCUCGGCAAGGAGGACACAUUGCAGGAAGGCUUCGACCUGGGCUUUGCACAAGGAGCAGUACGGAGUUUCCGCUUCGCUCGGCUACGUGGGGCGCUGGGGACGGCAGCAGCUUGCGGCCUCUUAGCUCCAGACAUGAUGACGCAAGCCAAAGCCUGCAUGUCACAGUUGAGGACACUGGAAAUGGACACUAGCGUCCACAAAGACACAGAGAUGGACCCUUCAUCCAACGAGACAGUGAAGCAAGCCGAGGACAUUCUCAAAAGCAUAGGCGUGGACCCUUCGACGUCCUCCAAGCAGUAG